CGGUCGCGAGUGUCGCUCGAUCAGUGUGCGCGCGGAGUGGUUCGUUCGGCGUCGCGCGCCUUAGCACUGGGUCUCACCUGGUUGGAUGGCGAACAGCGCGUAGCGAGCGCUGUCGGUUGUCUGCACAGCGAGCGACCUGCCCGACCCGCUAGGCACCAUGGCGGGCGUGCAGUUGCAAGGUUCGAGCCCCGAGGCGGGCGUGCCCGACAUGACGGUCAUCUCCGACAUCGACGAGCAGGGCAUCAACAAGAACCUACAAGUGCGCUACGCCCGCGACCAGAUAUACACCUACACGGGAACUAUCCUGGUGGCCGUCAACCCUUACAAGGAAAUCGACAUCUACUCCACGGAGCAUGUGUUCCGCUAUCACGGACGCAAGAUGGCGGCGCUGGAGCCGCACGUGUUCGCUCUGGCAGAGGCGGCGUACAAGUCCCUGCAGAGCACGUGCCGCAACCAGUCAACCGUCAUCUCCGGGGAGAGCGGCGCGGGCAAGACCGAGACCACCAAGUUCAUCCUGCAGUACCUCUGCUCCGUCACCAGCAACGUCAGCACCUGGGUCGAGCAGCAGAUCCUCGAGGCCAACACCAUCCUCGAAGCCUUCGGCAACGCGAAGACCGUCAGAAAUGACAACUCCAGUAGGUUUGGGAAGUUUAUGCAAGUUUGUUUCGACAGCAAAUGGAUGAUAAAGGGUUGUAUAAUACAAGACUACCUGCUGGAGCAGUCAAGGAUCACGUUCCAGAGCCCCGGAGAAAGGAACUACCACGUUUUCUACCAGCUGGUUGAAGCGGCCAAGAACAACAAAGAGCUGGCAGAGCAGCUGAGGCUGAAGCCAGCCGAGCACUACCGCUACCUCGACCAGUCGGGCUGCGUCCACAUCGACGGCGUGUGCGAUGCACGCAAGUUUGAUGCACUGAGGCUCGCUUUCAACGUGCUGCACAUCCCAGCAGAGAUGUGCGAUGGUAUUUUCAGCGUCCUGUCCGCCAUCCUCUGGCUGGGCAACAUGAGCUUUGAGGAUAUAGAUGGUGAGAAAUGUAAACUUACAGAAGAGGACAUAGAAAUCUUAUCAGUAGUUGCAAGUCUAUUGGGUCUACAGCAGGAAGAUCUAGUACAAGUGGCACUUUUACGGCAAAUUAAUGUACGAGGCAACAUCACCGAAAUUCCACUGAAGUUGCAGGAGGCAAAGGAGAACAGACAUGCCAUGGCAAAGGCUCUUUACUCUCGGACAUUUGCGUGGCUAGUCUCUCACAUAAAUACAUGUACCAAUCCUGGGCAGGAUUCUUCCCGCUUCCUUGGUGUCCUCGAUAUUUUUGGUUUUGAGAACUUCACCGUGAAUUCAUUUGAACAGCUGUGCAUCAAUUAUACAAAUGAAAAACUUCACAAAUUCUUCAAUCACUAUGUUUUUGCCUUGGAACAAGAGAUUUACCAACAAGAAGGGAUCGAAUUUGCUCAUAUUCAGUUCACAGAUAAUACGUCUUGUUUGGAACUGAUUGAGAAACCACCACGGUGCAUACUUAAACUCCUAACUGAACAGUGUCAUAUGCCAAAGGGAUCCGAUCUGGCAUAUUUGACCAAUCUUCAUGCUGAAUUUGAAAAUCAUCCAAAUUAUGUGAAAGGUGAUGAUAGAAGAAAAUGGGAGAAGGAAUUUGGUAUUCAUCAUUAUGCUGGUUGUGUGACAUACUGUGUUGAAGGAUUUGUUGACAAGAAUCGUGAUGUCCAGCAGGAUGUUUUCUUUGACUUCAUGAGUCGCUCGACAAAUGACUUUGUACAGGAGAUAACCAAAUAUCAGGAUUUAAUGUGUUGUGCCACUAGAAUGGGUACAAUGUCAUCUCGCGGUACAAGUAAGGGUAAACCAACAGUAAGUGACACAUUUCGCCAUCAGCUGCAGGCACUUGUUGAUGUGCUCCAAGCUACAAAUCCAUGGUAUGUGCGAUGUAUUAAACCAAACAUGCAGAAAUCUCCUAAUAACUAUAACGAAAAGUUGGUGCUGGACCAACUUAAAUAUUUGGGCAUGUUGGAUAUAAUACGUAUUCGCAAGGAGGGCUAUCCAGUACACAUGCCAUUUGAUGAGUUUAUACAAAGAUACAGGUGUCUCAUUGGUUCGGCACAAAAACUACCAUCUUGCCCUAAAGAAGCUGUUAAAUCUAUAAUCAAACUACAGAAAGCAGAAAGUACAGAAUGGCAAGUCGGUAAAAGCAAAGUGUUCUUGCGGAAUUGUGUACAUGAACCCUUGGAAGAUGCACGAGGUCAGAUAGUGAGGUGCAUGGCUACUCGUAUUCAGACAUGCUGGCGACGACAUUGCUGUCAAAGGGAGUACCUGAGGACACGAAAGGCUGCUCUCAGGAUACAGCAUGCAUACCGUGGCUGGAGGCAACGUCUGCAAUUUCUCAAGGAACGCCGCGCUGCAAUUGUCAUCCAGUCCCACUUACGAGGAGUUUUUGCACGGGAAGUUGCUGCUGCUUUGCGUGAAAUGCGCCGAGUAGAGGAGGAAAUGAGGAAACGAGAACGCUUAGAGGAGGAACGAAGGCAGCGUCAAGAGGAGGUGGAUCAGCAGCAGCAACAACAACAAGAAAUGGCGGAAAAUCAGCAAGCAUUAGAGGAAAGUGAAAGGGCUGCCCAACAGGAGAUUGCAGCUCUUUCACAAAUGGCAGAACAAAUUAACUCAAAACUUGCAUCAUCUGAACCAUCAGGUGAUUCUGUUGAUUUGGACAAUCUGUUUGCAUUCUUGUCUGAUGUGCAACCUCGUAGUAAUAACAUUAUUGAUGAAAUUGGAGAACAAAUGGAUGAACUUGUGGAAGACUUGGAUGUUGAGCUGGAGUCGGUGAUGAAGGAAGCACCAGUACCACCCUCUAGUUUGGAUCUGUCUCGUACAUUGGGUCCACCCUCUCUGCCAGAACCUACUGGACCACCCCCACCUCCACCACCAACUAGCCCACCAGCUACUUCAGAGCCCAUCUAUGAAUCAGUUCUUCCUCGAGAUGACGACGAUGAUGAUGUAACAUCACCAACCAGCGUAUCUGCUCCUGCAGCUCCACACAAGCUAGUACGACCAAAGAGUCCUGGAGUAGAACGUGUUCAGCAACACCGCACACCAGGCUCUCCUCUUGCUGGCUCUCCACGACACAGCAGGCCAAGUUCACGUGGAUCUACAGUAUCGGGGGGUGUGCAAUCCUCAUACUCCUGGCGUUACAAUGGUCGUGCUGAAGAAGAUGCUGAGAGAGAACAACGUCGGAAGUUCAGAGUUGAAAAGAAACUUCAAGAACUUGAAGAGCAACAGGAAAAGGAGGUGCUGGAUGAUGCUUAUCAUGAUAUUGUGGAGUUUGCCCAUAAUUAUUUCAACUCACAUGAACGAACUCCUGAAGGUACAAUUAUGGCAACACUUACUCGCAAAAAUAAACCUGUUGAGGUGAUGCCAAAAUAUGAGAUGGUGACGUAUUAUCGUGGCUCCAGCAUUCCUAACUCACACAUACAUAUGUAUGAUCCAGACAAUGUCAGUGUUGCAUGUGUAAUUUUUCGGGACCUGUGCAAAUACAUUCGUGGAGAACUGAAAGCUGAUGCUGAGCUGCAGACAAUACAAUCUAUUGUUGGCUAUGGUAUUGAACGUGAAGAGCUUCGGGAUGAGAUAUUUGUCCAGUGUAUUCGCCAAGCUACAAAUAAUCCAAAUUCUGAAUCAACUGAACGGGUGUGGCUCUUGCUGUGUUUAUGUAUUGUGUCCUUUCCUCCAAGUAAACUUCUUUUCAAGUAUUUUGUGUGCUUCCUAAAGAAAAAUCUUGCCUUAGAAGGGAAACUUCGCCAAUAUGUUCAGUGGUGCUUAGAUAACUGCAAGAAUACAAAAGUAUCGUGUCGUCAAUAUCCACCAUCUGCAGUGGAAAUAGCUGCAAUGCGUCGACUUGGAACAAUAGUAUGUAGGUUUUUCUUCUUGGAUGGGCGUACAAAAGCAAUUGAUGUACAUCCAACUGACACAGCAAGUGAUGCAGCAGCAAAGCUAGCAGAAAAGCUUGGUCUGAGAAACCUGGAAGGUUGGGCCAUCUAUCAGAGUAGACCAGAUGGAGAGGAACAUGUCCGUGCCCAUGACUUCCUCUAUGAUGUCAUUGCUGCUUGGGAGAUGAAACAGAGUAAAGGUGGAAGUUUCGCUACCCUGAGUCGGCGAGGCAACAGUACUACACUUGGAAGUGGAGAGAAUCGUUUUGUUUUCAAGAGACGGUUGUUCAGAACAACUCGUGAACUAUCACAAGACCCUGUGGAGUUGAAUAUGCUUUAUGCGCAAGCUGUCUACAGUGUUGUUAAGUGUGAUGACUUUCCAGUCAGUGAAAAAGUAGCUCUGCAGCUGGCAGGACUUCAGGCACAGGUUGCUCUGGGAGAACCUAAAGAACAAAACAAAUUGGAUUACUAUUCUGAUGUAGAUAGUUAUUUACCAGCUCGCAUUAGCAGAAUACGAACAGAUGACCAGUGGGUUCCAAUAUUGGCACAAGCUCAUCGGCAGUAUGGGGCUGGACGCUCUGAACUGACUGCCAAAGCUCUGUAUCUUUCAUGUGUCAUGCAGUAUCCUCUUUAUGGUACAACAAUGUUCCAUGUUACAUAUCGUGGCUACUGGUCAUAUGGCAACAACCUGAUCCUUGGUGUGAAUUGUGAUGGCUUGAUGCUGAUAAAACCUGAUGAUAAAUUUGUUUUAUAUGAGUUUCGGUAUCCAGAUAUAGAAUCUAUUUUUCUGGAUCCUAGUGACAGUUUCAUCACAAUUAAUCUGAUGCGACAACAACAAGACAACGCACAUAGAUGUUUUGUCUUUGAGACAACUCAGAAAUCAGAAAUUGGUUCACUGAUAGUGAGUUAUUGGCCUGGUCUUGCCUCUUGGAUCACAGAAAGUGAGGCUCCCAUCAAGAAGGUGAAACCAAUAACUAAUGAAGAUCGUAUUAGACUCUAUCAGAAUUUAGUCAACUGCCGGCGAAACCUCAUAGACAGUGAGAUAUUAAGGAAGCCCCAAGAUACUGGAGGUAGUUUCCUUCGGAACACACUUAGAAGGUUAAGUAAACAUCGUCUUGAAAAAUUACGACAGGAACAUGGUUCAACUGCAGAACAUGGAGAAACCUACAAAGGUUUUCCUUAUGCGUAUUGGGCAUUUAGUCGUCAGCCCAUACCUCAGAGCCUGAGCAAGAUGCCUGAAUCUGAAGAGACAGUAGCAAUCCAGAUAUUUAAUCUUAUAUUAGCCUAUGCAGGGCUAAGUCAGAAUGGUGAUGCAGUUCGGAAUAUGGAAGAUGACCACAUCAGGCAAAUGCAGGUGGUGAUGGAACGAUGUAUGCGUAAAGAUAGUUUACUUGUAGAACUGUACUUGCAGUUGAUCAAGCAAACUACAGACCAUCCUGAUCCUAACUCAAGGGUUAAUUUACGACACUGGGCACUGCUUUCACUUGCUUGUUCAGUUAUUCUUCCACCAAGCAAACCAGUACGCAAAUAUCUUGCUGCUCAUCUCCGUAGAUGUGCAUCUGAUUAUAUCACAGAGGAAGGGAAGUAUGCACGAUUUGCUGAAAAGUGUCUCCAUAAAACCCAAGGAACACGUCGCCGCCAGUGGCCACCUUCUCGAGAAGAAGUACUGUGUACAAUUAACCGGAGGCCCAUAUAUGCACGUUUUCAUUUUAUGGAUGGCCAAUACCAUGCAGUUGAAUUUCACCCCUCUGCCACUGCAAGGGAUGUCAUGGAAAUUGUUAAAAAUAAAAUUGGCCUUCGAGAAACAGCAAUGGGAUACGCCAUAUAUGAAGUACUUGGUUCAUCAGAACGGAGCCUCAUGCCAGAAGAAAAAGUAGCAGAUGUUAUGUCAAAAUGGGAACGAUACAGAACAGCAAAUGCAGCAGCAAGUCAGGUAGCAUCUGGUACAGGUAGCAUGAAAGGUGCCCGGCGUCCACAACAGCACUUGUUCCUAUUCAAAAAACACCUGUUUCUUGAUGAAUACAUGGACCUGGAUGAUCCUGUUGAAAAAGAGUUGCUGUACCAUCAGGUCCUACACAGUCUUCGUGCUGAUCGAUUUCCAGUCACAGAGAAAGAAGCUGUUAUGCUGACAGCACUCCAAGCACAACUGGAGAUGGGGGAUUGUGGAGAUACGGUGAUGGACUAUAGACACACGGCAUCCCACUGUUUGCCACCACGCUUUGUGCCUAACAUACCAUGCGAGGCAGUGGCACAGCAUCACCAGAGCUUACAUGGAAUGGGACCAGCAGAAGCCAAGAAGGCUUUCCUGAACCUUAUACAAAGUUGGCCAUUGCACAGAGCUACUAUUUUUAAUGUUAUGCAAUCUUUCACUUCUAACUGGCCCCGUGUACUAUGGCUUGCUGUUGAUCAAGUAGGGUUACAUCUUUUGGAGCACCGGUCUCGCAAUGCUCUCUGCACAUAUGAAUAUGACAGCAUACUUAGUUAUAGCCCAGCUCUCAAUUGCCUUAUGAUAAUCACAGGAAGUGAGAAGAAACAAAGCAAGAUCAUCCUCACUACAUCUCAGGCGUUCCAAAUAGCAAAUCUCAUACGGGAGUAUACUGAGGUCUUGCAUUCUCCACAGGAGGUUCAACUACGUGGUGAAAAUGUUAACCGCAAAUCAAGAGUCUCAAGCCGGCCUGUCAGCAUUCUACAUAAAUCUGUCCCCAGUAUAGAUGCUGUUGUUUCGUAGUAUGUCAACAAGAAGUAUAACAUGCACUUCACAGCCAGAUAAUGGCUUCAAAUAAAUAAAUGCUAGAAAUUCCAUAACAUGCCCUGUCAGUACUGAUGUUCUGCUGAGUUAUUCCAUGUUUGCUUUAUUCCUUUUCUUCUUUUCAUCUACUGAGCAUUCCAAGAACAGUCUGCAAUGCUGUUGUCAACAAAGCUGUUGUUUUUAUGUUGUUUAAAUUUAUAGUAAUUUAUUAUUUUUGUAAGUGAACUGACACGUAAUUUUAUUACCUUUUGAUGCGCUGCAUAUACAAAAUCAAACUGUUUUCAUAUUUGGCCUUUUAUUGUUGUGAGAUCAGUAGAGUGGUGCACUCAGAAGUAAUGUGCAUCAUACUCUUCUGACUGUUUUCUCACAGUUUGUUUUCACAUUGAAAAUUGGUUAUUAAAAUCAAAUAAAGGUUUCAAGCUCUACAAUGUGUACUGAAAAGAUAAUAUAUGUCAAGCAACAAUGAAGUGCAAAUAGAAUACAACAAUUGUUUAUCAGUAUUGGCAGCAGUUGAAUUCCUUAUUGUGAAGGAGAAAAGAAGACCUGUGUAAUUACUUUAAACCUUUGUCCCUUUAAUGACAUUAAUUUUUGUGUGUUCCAUAAACUAUCCAUGUAUUACACACCAUACUAUCGCAAUACUUAAAAUGAGAAUAGGUGCUAAGUUAAUUUCAGUAUUUCUUUUAAUUACAUGGAAGUUCUGUUGCUGACAAGUGUUCUUUGGAUUUUGAGAUAAUAGCUCCCAAGCUUUAUCUGGAAGUGAUAUUUUGUAAUAACAUAACAUUCAUAUUGUGAAGUGUUGCAGGAAUGUAUAUAGCUCUGACAAGGUGACAAAUGUACAAAGUCCUAACAAAUGAGAAUUUAUAACAAGUUUUGUUUUUAUGUUGUAUUUGAGUUUAGUGCGUACUAGACAACCCUGUUAUAAAUUAUUUGUAUAGUUGCAGAAUAUGUAAAUAGCUGGAUGGUCCUUAUGAAUGAAUAUUUUAAAUCUUCACAUACCUGAGAAAACUUCAGUGUGUACCAUUUACAUACAGUAUAGCUAAUACCAAUGGUUCUGAAGUGUACAAUAUGAAAUUAAUAAUCACACUGUCAUGUAUUCAGGUUCUUUUUCAAUAUAUUGAAAUGACAUACACUUGAUUUUAAAGGAGCGGAUAUAAUUAUGUUGUUCUGAGACAUUAAAAAAUUAAUUCCUAUUGAAAAUGUAAUAUUUUAUAAUGUUCUUGGUGAAGACUGAAUAUGUGGCCCAAUGGGGACGACUGUACAGUAACAUUAAAAUUAUGUAACAGUAUUAUUAGUGUUAUUAUUUUAAUAUGAAGGUACAAGCUCAGAUAUAAUUGGAUUAACACUCCUAUAAUGUAUGAUUCAUUGACUGUGUCCAUGGGAAGCUGGGAAGUUUCAUCAGCAUAUAACUGCAUAAAUGUGCUAGUCUAGUCCUUACAUGCUGUACAUGGUAAGAAAAAAGUUAAUAUAUUGUGCAUCCCUAGCUUAAGUAUUUAUUUUUAAAUACUUUCUUAUCAGUAGAUGUAAAAUUUUAUAAAGUGUGUUAUUCAUGACAACAUAUUUUCUUUUAUAUUUAGUUGAGUACAGUACAGUGUACUGAUAGUAACUAAACAAAGGCAAGACAUAUUGUUUAACUUGUUUUAAAGGACUAGUGGUGAUACUGUAACUUUCAUUUUCUGUUAGACACUUAUUGACAUUAGUGUACUGUACCCUCAUUCAUUUCCACAAUCUGUGGAAGAUCAUUGAAAGAGACUGGUUAGCUGAUCAAGUUUUAUAUAAGGAUGUGGAUCACAUUUGAAAUCAACAAUCAUUGGUACUUGCCUUCCAGUCUUUCAGUAAACAUGGACCAAUGUUGUGUUUUAUUGCUGCAGCAUGUAGACUUAAAAUGAUAAGUUUAUUUAACUACUUGUAAUGUAUUUCAUCAGUGCUCCUAUACAGUUCUUGUACAUCUUUAGUGUUUGUAAUAGAAUUUAAGGUUACAUCUUGUGAGACAAUUAAGUCACAUCUGAAAGUUUGGCCUUAUAACUGUGUGUUGGAAAUUAUGCACUAAUCAGUAUUAAUUUUGUGAACUGAUCUUUCACAAUUUUUACACAGGGGGAAAACUAUAGGUAGAUUGACAGUACAAAUUGCAGGACUGUUUGAAGCACUGAUAUGGUAAAUUACAAUAAUGAUUUUCUUCAUUGCGAGAACAGUUUUACCAGUUCAGUUAUGGAGACACGCCUACAUUUCCAUGAAAAAUGUUCUUGAACUGUGCCUUAAAUUUAUUAUUACUUUCACUGUUACCAAUUCUUCAGCUUGUCUUAUGCUGUCUCCACCUUCCUGUCUUUAUAUCAAAUUUUGUGGUUGAAUUUCCUCACUGUUUAUUUGCUUCUUGAAAAUCGACAUAAAAUAGGAACAAUAAAGAUUGUGGGCAUCUGACUGGUUUUUAGUUUUUGAAUAAUUAACAGAGAUCAUGCACUCAAUUAUUAGAAUAUCAGUCUGUUUCAUUUAACUACAACAAUGAUGCAUUUUUCUUCCUCUUCCUUAAUCCUUGUUCUUAAAUUUAAAACAAAAUUAUUUGUCAUGUGCUUUUUCUACAACAAUAUGUAAUUCAUUUUUUUAUGUAAAUAUAAUUUGGUUUGUAAUUUAGAUGCGUGAGGAAGUAACAAACAUAGUAUGGCUGAGGUAGCAUUCUCGCUUGUUAAUUACGGGUUAACCAGCACAUUUCAUAAAAUUUUCUAGGGUGAAAUUAUUACAGAUUAUGUGGAUCAGCUUGAAGAGCUAAAGAAUUACUAACUACCAAUUGUUCAUAUUCCAUUUUUGAUUGUGGAGCUCCUAUAGUAUUGCAAAAUCAGUAUACAGUAUUGCUCUUCUGCCACCCUGCCCCCUCCCCCCCCCCCCCCUCCCUACUCCUUUGUCCCCACUAUCACUUUAUUUCUUCUUCCUUUUACCACAUACACCUUUUUUUUUUUUCAAUUGAGAACAAAGGUGUAAUUAUCAGACCAAUUAUUUUUAGGUUCAGCUAUCAAAUUUUACAGUGAAAAUUCCUUUGAGUGAAAUUCGGCUAUUCUGUUUUAAAAAUCAUUUCAGACUAUUUUAAUUAGGUUUUCUUCAAGUAUACUGUGUUUGUUGCCAAAUAAAAUUGUUCAUUGCUUAAGGUACUGGGAGGACUGGGGUACAAUUCCUUUCUCAAUUCAGGCUUAUAAUCCAUCUCUAAGUAGCUCAUCAUCAACAGGAUGUUAAACUUUAAUCUCCAUUUUAAUUUUAUUUUGAAGAUGUGUGGAUGUGCACAUCAGACAACGUACCAGACCUUUGAUGAUAUCAACAACUGUUGUAUGAGACACCAUCAAAGUCUGCAAAAAAUUUUUAAAAAUCCAUCCAAUUCAUAUAUUACGUAAAUAAAAUACCCUGCUUGCCUCUUGAGUGUUUCUACCCUGCAGCUUGUUGGAUGAAACGGAAUGUAAAAAUCACAGGCCAGUAAGGCAGUUACCCAAUUUCUCCAGCAACUGUAUUUUACACAAAUCUCAUUUGCUUCCCCAGUCCCCCUUGGUAUUUUAUUUUGAUAUGUAGCUGUAGUUUAAAUGCAGCAAAAUAUGCCCUCUCUGGCACCUGCUUUCCUUCUAUGUACUCAAGCUUUUUUUUUUUCCGUCUAGUUUAAGGCUCCAUAAAAUUACAAAAUAAAUGGAACAGUUCGUAAUUGAGUAACAUUCUACUCUUUGACAUCUUUGAUCGAUCUAGUAAACUUUGCAUUCUUUUACUGGAGGUGCCUAAAUAUGCAUUGAGAAUACUUUCCUGUCUUGAUCAACUCUGUUGGCACAUUAUUUCUCAUCUUUCUUUCAUUAAUCAUGUGUCUUAUUGAUUCAUUUUGCUGUUGAGCUUUUCCUUCAAUUCACUUUGAGCUGCAUACACAAUCAAGUUCCAUAUACAAUGAAAACAUACUUUAUUUUUAGGAUUUAAAAUAUGCAGAGAAAUGUAUUCUUUUUUAUCAAGAAAAUCAACUGAAACAGUUAAAAUUAUAUGAAGUGCCUUUCAUAUCAUUUUACUUUAUUAGCAAGGUAUCAAUCAACAGUAGCACAUGAUAGCUCUUUGACAUUUCUAGUUACAUACUCUGUGCAAGAUGAAUAAGAUGAAUUUCUUACACAUACAACCUGCAGAUAAGACUUCUUAGAGUAGCUAUUUUUAUAUCAUAACAGUAAAACAGGUACAAAUUUUCUGCAUCUCUUGUAAAAACUGUCAUUUCUGAAAAAAGCACGUAAUGGCUGUAGGCUUGGAAAACUGUCACAACCUGGAAAUCCUUAUCUCAGUUCAUUUUCUUUGAGUGGUAGAAAUAUUUCGUACAUAGCAUUCCAUGGGAUCGUAAUUGUAUAAUUAUUCAGAAAAUGAUAGUACCACGAUUGUUGAACACAGGUUAUGGAGUCACUGAACUGGAAACUGAUUCUCUGCAUCUUUGUGUGUAUCAUACUUUAAUUAUUAUUUCAAUAAUGUCGUAAAAAUGCCACUCCAUACCUUAAGUUUCAAGGGAUGCUUUACCACCAUAGCAAGUAGCACAAUGUCACAUGCUGAUUUUUCUACUAGAUAUUCUGUAUUUUUCUUUGCUUGUGAGAAAAAUAGCUCCAGUUUCAUUACUAUCUGUAAUCAUAAUUUUUGUAUGUUAAAACAGAAAAGGAAAAUUGACAAACCAUGUAUAGAUCUGACACUGUUCUGUGUGGAGUGGUGACGCUAUAGGUGCUACUAUGCGUAAUAAUUUUAAUGUAUUGCACAUUGAAGAUUUUACUAUUGACUCACUUAGCUUUGUACAUGUGUAUAAUACAUUUGUGUGUGAGAGAGGAUGACUAUGUUCUUGUUAUUUUAGAACUGUUAUCUGUUGCCAUCUGAGCAUACGUGGACAUUGUUAUUUUGCCUCAAUUCUCUUGAAGCACAAGCUUAAGUCUGUGAUUUGUAAAUGUAGGUGGCUGUAAGAAGAAUGUUGGAUCAGAUCAAUUUGUAACAUUUAUAUGAUGGUCGUUUUAUGAUACCAAUUUUAUUUGUAUUUAUAAAUAAAUAAUUUGUGCAUAUAAA